UCACAGUUCAUUAACUGAGCGAAAUCAGGAAAUGCCUUUUGAGACAAGCCCGGAUUCAAUGCGAUGCGUUCUUGUGAUUUUAGUCGCUCGAGCGUGUUUAAUAAACAUACUUGAAGAGUCGUUUUAGAAAAAGUCGAGUGGAUGAUUUGAUUCAGCAGGAUGACAAUCUAGAUAGAUAAAGUUACGUGAACGCUGAAGGUUUGUAGGUGAGAGACAUCACAAACCUUUAAUCAUGCCAACAGCCAAAAGAGACAAGGAGUUCACUUUCGUCAGUCCAGUGGUGAAAUAUUUACUUUUCGUCUAUAACAUGUUAUUUUGGAUAAUUGCACUGGUCCUGAUAUCUAUUGGAGUUUAUUCCAGGAUAGUUAAACACGCAGAGACAGUGCUGGCCUGUCUGACUGUGGAUCCUGCUCUGUUACUGAUGAUAGUGGGCGUUCUCAUGUUCUUCAUCACGUUCUGUGGCUGUGUGGGUUCUCUGAGGGAGAACAUAUGCUUACUGCAGACGUUCUGCAUCGUCUUGACUAUCAUCUUUCUGCUGCAGCUAGUGGCUGGUGUUCUGGGUUUUGUCUUCUCAGACAAGGCUCGGGGCAAAGUUACAGAAAUGGUUGACAGUGCCAUCAAGCAUUACAGGGAUGAUUUAGACCUACAGAACCUCAUCGACUAUGGACAAAAACAGUUUAACUGCUGCGGGGGGAUCUCUUACAUGGAUUGGUCUCAGAACAUAUACUUCAAUUGUUCAAACGAGAACCCGAGCAGAGAGCGCUGUUCUGUACCCUUCUCCUGCUGCCUGCUCUCCAAAGAGGAGAGUGUUAUAAAUACCAUGUGUGGUCAUGGGAUGCAGAACCUGGACUAUGUUGCAGCUGGUGCCUUCAUCAAUACCAAUGGCUGCAUUGAUAAUGUGGUGAACUGGAUCCACAGUAACCUGUUUCUGUUGGGAGGCAUCGCACUGGGCCUGGCCAUCCCACAGCUGGUUGGGAUCCUCCUCUCGCAGAUCCUUAUUAAUCAAAUUCAUGAUCAAAUUAAACUACAGAAUUACAACCAACAACAUCGCUCAGACCCCUGGACCUGAAACUGGCAAGAAUAUAUAUAUAUAUGCGUUUCUAUAGAAAACUCAUUGCUGCCUGAAGUGACUGACAUGGACUGGCUUUUGAAUAAGA